AUGCCGCAGAAAUCAAGGUGGACUGUCGAUAUCCCCAUUAUCUCACUCCCAUCACUACUGCUAGGAGACCCAUCCGCGUUACUACCAGAUACUCCUGCGUAUAUCGACGCCCAGGACCCUGACCGACUGAAGUUAUCAUGGAGAGAUUAUGCACUAUGGUGUAAAAGAGUCGCAGCAGGACUGCUUGAUGCUGGUCUUUGUCCCAAUGAUCGUGUUUUGGUCUACUCAGGCAACAAUAUCUUCUUUCCGGUGGUUUUCAUGGGAGUGAUCAUGGCUGGCGGGAUCAUCUCAACCGCGAACCCAGCUUUUGUAGGACGAGAGCUUGCAUACCAGAUUAAGGAUUCACAACCCCGAUUCCUAUUGAUUGCUGAAGCAAGCAUUGCGAGUGCACGAGAAGCCGCCAGGCUCGCAAACUACAGUCCUCACCGGAUUUCCAUCUUUGAUGAUGCGCCGCCGCUAGGAUCUGGCGGCCAAGAUGUUGGAGAAAUUCGCCACUGGAAACACAUGAUCGCAACUAAAGAAAGGACGGAGGGCUUUCGUUGGAAAGAGAUGCGGACAAUAGAGGAUGCCCGACAAACCGCUGCCUUGUUGUAUUCUUCCGGCACCACAGGCGUGCCCAAGGGCGUGGAAAUCACCCAUUACGGUCUCGUUGCCAACUGCGUUCAACUUGGCCAUCUUCGCACGCUGGAUCCUAACAGGACUAAGCCACAGCGCCUCUUAGCAGUUUUACCGAUGUACCAUGGACUCGGGUUACUGACUUUUGCCACAAUGGCCCCUUAUUAUAGGCGGCCAACGGUCAUCAUGAAACGCUAUAGUUUGUUAGGGAUGCUGGAAAAUAUUCAACGAUUCCAAAUCACAGAGUUGAUGCUUGUUCCUCCGAUUCUUGUUGCUAUGGCCAAUAGCCCAGAGGCAAGAAUGGGCAGUUACGAUCUCUCGAGCAUACGCAAAGUAAGUGUGGGAGCUGCACCACUGUCACGAGAAAAAUGCGAAGAAUUAGAGACGCUGUGGCCCAAAGGUCAUGUCAAUGUCAAGCAAGGAUGGGGAAUGACAGAGUUUGACAGCACAGUUCUUAAUGGCUUGGGUAACUUAUCACUGACAUUACUUAGGCUGCCAAUCUCGAUCCUGAAUUGGGACGAACGUGAAGUCUCCAGAACUCAAGCGGUGGGCGAACCGGUGGCAAAUUGUGAGGUGAAAAUCAUGGACGAUGAAGGCCUAAAAGAGGUCAUUCCCGGCCAGGCAGGUGAGCUAUGGUGCAAAACACCAACAAUGAUGAAAGGCUAUUGGGGCAAGCCGGAAGAAACAGCCAAGGUUGUUACACCAGAUGGUUGGCUGAAAACAGGGGAUAUCGCUUUUGCAGACGGGAACGGCAAAUAUGUCAUAAUUGACAGAAAGAAGGAAUUGAUUAAGGUGAAGGGCAAUCAGGUUGCACCUGCUGAGCUAGAAGCCUUACUACUAGAGCACCCGGACAUCCUAGAUGCUGCGGUAAUUGGCAUUGAGCGAAACGAGGACCAAAUACCGCUUGCAUAUGUCGUCAGAAAAUCUGGAAGCCAGGUCUCCGCAGAUGCGAUCUUGCAGUAUAUGGCCGAGAGGACUGCGAAGAUCAAGCGUAUCGCGGGCGGAAUUAUUUUUUGUGACAUGAUUCCAAAGAAUCCGUCGCUUCUUGAUCGGGUUGUCGAAGAAAUUCAAGCCGACGGUGGGAAAGCAGUAGCAGCCUACGGCGGCCCAUGCGACGGUGGCAGUAUUGUUGAUGUCGCGAUCAAGAACUUCGGGCGAAUUGACGUCCUGAUCUGCAAUGCUAUGCCCAAGGAUGAUCCUUCAUGGGAUGAGCUUCAGGAUCACGACUGGAAUUCUCUCCUUGAAGACAGCUUCAAACUGACCUACAAGGCAAGCUCACGCCUGCUAACAGAGCGUACAUGCUGCUUGGCCCUAUUUCAAGCAGCAGAAGUACGGAAGAAUCAUCAGUACAAGCUCAGUGCUAGCCGACACGAGCUCAGGAGACACUAUAUUGCAGUCUGGUAUGUGAAGCAAGAUCGUUUCCAGGAUCUCUCAAGGUUUAACUUGAUAGCCGCAAAAUUCGGUCACCUAGGCUUCAUGCAGACUAUCGCGAGAGAAGGCGCCAGAUACAAUAUUAUCGCUUGUACGUUGGCCACCCCAGUGGCUGAGACUUCUACCACAGUGCCAACGCAGAGUGUAAUGGAUGGUGUGCUGCAUUCCGUUGCUGUCCUAUCGCAUCCAUCAAACUGUGAUAUAACUGGACACCUUUAUCACGUAGAGGGAAGACAGCUCAAGAUGCUUCGCUGGCAACGAGCGGCAGGUGGGUGGCAGAAUCCGGAUACAGGAAUGACGCCAGCUUCGAUACAAAGCAGGUGGCCCGAUAUCAACGACUUUGCCAAAGGCUCGUAUCCGAACUCGUCGUCAGAUUUCCAGGCCGUUGUGGCCAAGACCAAGAAGUUAAGGCCAGGAGGCCCUGGUAAAGACAUCAGAUUUGAUGGAAAGGUGGUUCUUGUCACUGGUGCAGGUUCAGGGCUAGGCCGAGCAUACGCUUUGCAAUUCGCGAAGCUCGGUGCAAAAGUUGUGUUGAAUGACGUAAAAAACCCGUCUUCAGUUGCCGCAGAGAUCAGAAAUGCAGGAGGUACGGCACACACUGUCAUUCACUCCGUCACUGAAGGCGAGAAAAUCGUCGCCGACGCAUUUGACAAGUUUGGCCGCCUCGAUGUGGUCGUCAAUAAUGCAGGGUUUGUGCGAGAUAAAACGAUUGCUAAUAUGACUGAUUCCCUAUGGGAUACUAUCAUGGAUGUUCACCUGAGAGGCACGUAUAGGAUCACAAAGGCGGCGUGGCCCCACUUCGUACGCCAGGGUUAUGGUAGGGUUGUGAACAUUACCAGCACCAGCGGCAUCUAUGGUAACUUUGGACAGUCCAACUAUUCUCUAGCAGUAAGACGCGCGGCAUGUUUUGCGGUGGAUAUUGCUAAUAACUUUCAGAAAUGCGCGAUCAUUGGUUUUUCGAGUGCCCUGGCACACGAAGGAGCCCUGCAUAACAUCACUGUCAAUGCUGUAGCUCCCGUGGCGUCGACUCCUGGCCUCGCAGGUGCGCUCCAGGGGAGCAGUACGGAGAUCUUGCCUCAGUUCUCAGCGCCUUUUGUGGCAUUGAUGUGCUCUAACAUUGUGCCUUAUCCAUCAACAGGGGGCUUGUACGAGAUUGGUGGUGGCUGGCAUGCACGUACAAGGCUAGAGGCCAACGGGGGUAUUGAAUGGAACGAGACUGAGCACCUCGGUGGUGAGGAGGCGUUGAAAUGCCUAGCCACGAUUACGAAUUUUGAACUAAAGUCAUAUCCUGAAGAGUACGAGAAUGGUCUUAAACGUCUCCAUGACCAAGUUUACCGACAAGGCACUUUGGGCAGAAUCGAGGAUGCGAAAAAGGUCCAGGGAGAUGGGUCCAUAUUCGAGUACACGCAGAGAGAUGCCAUUCUAUACAAUCUCACCCUGGGAGUCAAGUGGACGGAAAUCCCGCUGAUCUACGAAAAUGACAAGAAAUUUCAAGUACUCCCAACAUUCGGAGCAAUCCCAUGGUUUCGAACCAAAUUGCCUUUUACUUACCACGAACUAUUGCCGCAAUGGGAUCCUCUGAAACUCUUACACGGUGAGAUUUAUCUCGAGAUUCGAAAAUAUCCUGUUCCCACCAGGGGGAAGCUUGUUACGUAUCCGAAAUUGCUCCAUGUGCUGGAUAAAAGCAAGGCUGCUGUUGUCACAAUAGCGUACACAACUCGCGACAUUAGCACAGGAGAAGAUAUAUUCUACAAUGAGUCCUCAGCAUACAUUCGGGAUGCCGGAAACUUCGGUGGUCCAUCUGAACCUACUAUAUCAGAACCUCCAAGCCGCCCACCACCGCGCGAACCGGAUUUCAUGCGAGAAGAGAAAACAACAGAAGAGUCAGCUGCUCUAUACCGCCUUAACGGCGAUACCAAUGACUUACACAUAGAUCCUGAAGUAGCACGGCGGACUGGUUUCGAAAGACCUAUUCUUCACGGUCUUUGCUUUUUUGGCAUAUCAGGAAAGCACAUCUACCAGCAAUAUGGGCCGUACAGAAACAUUCGUGUCCGUUUCGCUGGUACGGUGGUGCCUGGGCAGACGCUACGAACUGAAGCUUGGGUCUUUGCCGAAGACAAUCUGGUAUUGUUUCAGACUAGAGUGCUUGAGACCGACAAGCUGUGUAUCACUGGUGGUCGAGCUGAGCUCCUUGAGCUACGAGAACAAAGCAAAUUAUAG